UGGAACCCGUGAGCCAGCGAGUGUCCACAGCUCGGGGUGGAGCCUGAGGAGCGGAAGCCAGUACUGGUCGUCGGUGGGAAAGGCAGGCUUGCAGGAUUAAAGGGGAACGAAGGCUUCGGCCCAAUCAAGUCCUGGGUCCUCGGCGGCGGAGGGGACCUGGUACCUUUAAGGAAAGCGCCCUGAACUUGGAACACUUCCUCUGAUGUCGCUGAAUGGCUGUACUUGGAUGACCGACUUAAUCCUUCUGAGCCUCGGUUGCUCCAUCUGUCCCAUGGGGUUGAAAGAAACCCCCCCGGCCGCCCUCGUCUGUCCUGUGUUCCUGUGGCUGGGGGGGUAUCCCCUCCUUCCACGACAUGGAGCCAUCUCUGUCACCCAGUGGGGCGGCUCUCCCACUGCCUCUCUCCCUGGCUCCCCCGCCACUGCCUCUGCCAGCAGCGGCGGUGGUACACGUGUCCUUCCCUGAAGUGACCAGUGCCCUCCUGGAGUCCCUCAACCAGCAGCGGCUCCAGGGGCAGCUCUGCGAUGUGUCCAUCCGGGUGCAGGGACGGGAGUUCCGCGCUCACCGGGCUGUCCUGGCUGCCUCCUCCCCUUACUUCCACGACCAGGUCUUACUCAAAGGCAUGACUUCCAUCUCACUGCCAAGCGUCAUGGACCCAGGUGCUUUUGAAACUGUGCUGGCCUCAGCUUACACAGGCCGCCUCAGCAUGGCCGCUGCUGACAUUGUCAACUUCCUCACAGUGGGCUCAGUCCUCCAGAUGUGGCACAUUGUGGAUAAGUGCACCGAACUCCUCCGGGAGGGCAGAUCCUCAGCCGCCACCACCACUGUCACUACCGCUGCGGCCCCCUCUGUCUGUGUCCCUGGUGCCAGUGUCCCCUCGGGGAGUGGGGGCACUGUAGCCCCUGCCACGGGGGGCUCUGUGCGCUCCCACACUUCCAGCCGGGCCAGUGAGAACCAGUCUCCCAGCAGUAGCAACUACUUCAGCCCCCGGGAGUCCACUGAUUUCUCCUCUUCCUCCCAAGAUGCAUUUGUAGCUUCAGCAGUCGGCUGUGGGAGCCGCCGAGAUGGUGGCCCUGUGUUCCCGGUCCCUGUGGUUGGCAGUGCGGGUGCCACCUCUGGAAAGUUGCUGCUGGAGGCAGAUGAGCUGUGUGAUGAUGGUGGGGACGGGAGAGGGGCGGUGGCCCCUGGGGCUGGGCUCCGGAGGCCUUCCUGCAUGCCCGCUGGUGCUGUGCCACAGAAACACUGGGUGUAUGUGAAGCGCAGUAGAAACUGCCCUGCACCAGCCUCUCUGGUUCACCAAGACCCAGAGCUAGAGGACGAGGAAGAAGAGGAAGAUCUGGUGUUGACUUGUGAGGAUGAUGAGGACGAAGAACUGGGGGGUGGUGGCUCAGGGGUCCCUGCAGGGGGAGAGCCCGAGGCUACUCUCAGUAUCAGUGAUGUGCGGACCUUGACCGAGCCUCCAGACAAAGGGGAGGAGCAGGUCAACUUCUGCGAGUCCUCCAAUGACUUCGGCCCCUAUGAGGGUGGGGGGCCCGGGGCAGGGCUUGAUGACCCAGGAGGGCCCACCCCUUCCUCCUAUACCCCCACCCACCCUCCACGACCCCUCCUUCCCUUGGACGUGCCGGGGAACCAGAUCUUGGUUUUCCCAUCCUCCUCUUCACAGGCUCCAGGCCAGCCACCAGGGAACACGGUAGAACACGGGGCGGUGACCCUGGGGGGCGCCUCUGCGGUGGGGCUAGGCAUGCCCAGUGGCUCUGGUGGGACCCCUGGAGGGACGGGCAGCAGCGACGGGAAUAAGAUCUUUUUGUGCCACUGUGGGAAGGCUUUCUCGCAUAAGAGUAUGCGGGACCGGCACGUGAACAUGCACCUCAACCUGCGACCCUUUGACUGCCCUGUGUGCAACAAGAAGUUCAAGAUGAAGCACCACCUGACGGAGCACAUGAAGACGCACACGGGCCUCAAGCCCUAUGAGUGCAGUGUCUGCGCCAAGAAGUUCAUGUGGCGGGACAGCUUCAUGCGGCACCGGGGACACUGUGAGCGCCGGCACCGGAUGGGCGGAGGCGGGGCCGGACCGGGACCGGGACCGGGACCGGGACCCGGGGCUCCUAUUGGGCCAGCCUUGCAACCUAAGAGGGAGUCUUCCGGAGGGGGUGGGGGCAGUGGCGAUGAGGCGAAUUCGGCCACACCCCCGCCCCACAGGCGUGUCUGGUCCCCACCCAGCGUGCACAAGGUGGAGAUGGAUUUCGGUGGGGGCGGAGCAGCACACUGAAGGGCAGGCCGUUGGGGGCUUAUCUAGGGGCAAGUGGCCCCUGGGUGUUUCCCGCUGCGCUGUCUUCCCUUACCUCUGUGGACUUGUAUAUAUUCUAGAGGGCGUAGGUUGCACCAUCGCCAGCCGGUUCCAUUCCUCAGCCCCUUCCUCCCUCCGCAUCUCCGAAACAGCCUUUUUCCUUCUCCCUUGGGUACACCAGUGCCCCACCUUUACGGAGCGGGGCCGCACGGUGAGGGAAUGGGAAGGGGGCAUUUUGAGCAUCCCGGAGUCACAGGGUCAGCGGUCAGGUUGUGCUAGUUUGUGCCUGUGUAUGUUUGUGUUGUGGGACGAGGCCUCUUGAGUCCUUCCCCCGCCUGAAGGAUACGCCCCUUAUUUCUGUACUGUCCCACUCUUCCCAGGGGGAUCCCCAGUUGGGUUUCAUGAAAGUGGGUGGAGACAAGGAGUGAGUCGCGUAGUGUAGGUUUUAAUUUUUAACGGUGAUUAAAAUAUUUAUUGGUCACUUCA